CUGCUUUUCCAUAUACCUAGCAGAACACUUCCAUCGCGACUGGCCUUUCGCUUCAUCAAGGCUCAUUCGGGGAGCAGUUGAUCAUCAUGUUGUCGCUCUUUGCUUUCGGUUUUGCGACCAUCAAGGCAGAGGAGCUACCCGCAGGAAUCAUGCCUAAGCCUAAGAGGCAGGUUAUUGGCACGGGUGUUUCGACGACGACGAGCACCGCGCAGAGCACAACGGUGACGUCUACCCAGUCCUCGACCACGAGCCAGCAGCCGUCAACGACAUCGGCGACCAGCAACACACCCUCACCCACAACUUCGAGCACACCAUCGACGUCUCCAACAUCAUCUACGUCAAACAGCCAGAGCGAGACAUCAUCAGAGUCAUCAACCACUCGUAGCACUCAGUCGAGCUCAGAGUCAUCAUCUGCAACCUCAGCUUCUUCCGCUUCGCCUGUAUCUCAGUCUUCCGCGACUUCUGCAUCGCAGACGUCUUCCGCGUCACCAUCAGCAACUUCUUCGCAAUCAUCGCGAACGUCUUCACAAGUGUCGUCUGGGAGCUCAUCACAGACAUCUUCGCAGGCUCCGAGCUCCACCGUGCUGCCUGAAACCAUCUCCGUCACCACGACGAACUCUGAUGGCUCAACCAUUACGUCGGAGAUCACUACCUCCACCCUUGCUCCAGCCUCGACACCUUCGUCGAGCUUCGUCAUCAGCACCGAAACUGGCACUGCGAGCGAUCUGGUCGUGAUAGGCUCAUCCACAAUCCAUCGCUCCACGCUGUCGGCUGCUACGACCAUUACAACUGCCCUUGUUGCCGCCGUUACUCAACGCUCAACGUACACUUCAUACUGGACGUCUGAUGGCAGCACAUAUAGCAAGCUUGUCACGACUGAUCGCACCUUCUCAAGCACGACUGGUUACGCCACUGCCACCGUGUCGCCAGAGCUGCAAGGCGGUGGUGGCAACGGCAGCAAUCUCUCGACUACCAGCAAGAGUAUCGUCGGCGGUGUCGUUGGCGGCGUCGGCGGUGCGAUCCUAGUAGGCGCUAUCGCACUCGUUGCGUGGCGACUCUGGGGCAGGAAGAAGCAGAAGGCUGAGCCAGAAGACGACUACCUUGACUCACGCGCGUCUGAUAGCAUCACGCAGGAGAAGAGGGACUCCUCUGGCCGGUCGUCCGACGGCUACACCAACCCCAACGGUGCCGUCAACACAGCGAGCAACUUCUGAUGCGCCCGUCCUGACCAGCCGUCUUUGUGCUGCAUGGCGCGGUGUCUUUCUUCGGUCCUUUGUUGCUCCAGUUUUUCAGCGUCAUGAUCGAAAAUGGGGUGGGAAGACAUGGGAUUCGAACUUUUCGAGGCAACUCUGAGAUGGCGUGGAAAGGCGU